AUGGUGUUUCCUCAAUCUUGCACCGUUCUCGUAGCAGGUGGUGGUCCUGGAGGCUCCUAUACCGCGGCUGCUCUCGCACGUGAAGGUGUUGAUGUUGUCUUGCUCGAGGCAGAUAGUCACCCCCGAUACCACAUCGGAGAGAGUCUGCUCCCUUCGAUGAGAUAUUUCCUACGUUUUGUCGACCUGGAAGACACUUUCGAGCAGCAUGGAUUCCAGAAGAAAGUAAGAUGGCAUCAAGCGAACGAAGGGGGUAUUUAUAUCUUUCGUGCAAGUUCAGAUAAGCUGACCUGUGGACACAGCUCGGUGCAUCCUUCAAGCUCAACGCAAAGAGUGCGGGAUGUUAACACGGACUUCAUUCGGGCCUACGGUCCUAAUGGAUAUUCUUGGAAUGUGGUAAGAUCUGAAUCGGACGAGAUUCUUCUUCGCCAUGCCACAAAGAGUGGCGCGAAGAUCUUCGAGAAUGCCUCGUUGGAGUCGGUGAAUUUCGAGCCUUACGAGGACGAUAAGUUCACCAGCCAAGACAAAUUGGCCAACCCUGGACGACCUGUUUCGGCCGAUUGGAAGACAAAAGAUGGUUGCUCUGGUACCAUCUCGUUCGAUUACUUGGUGGAUGCGACGGGUCGAGUUGGUGUUCUGUCGACCAAGUAUCUCAAGAAUCGAAAGUUCAACGAAGGCCUCAGAAACAUUGCCAUGUGGGGGUACUUCAAGGGUAAUAUUCCACCAAGUCCAGGAACAGAUCGCGAAAACCAGCCGAUGUUCGAAGGCAUGAGAGAUGGGUCAGGCUGGGUGUGGAUGCUGCCUUUACACAACGGCACAGUAUCAAUUGGAGUCGUUGUUAGAAAAGACAUUUUCCAAGCCAAGAAGAAGGCCUUGCCAGAAGGGACAGCGGAGGCUCAAACCCUGGCGAGCUUAGUUGCACUCUGCCCGAUUAUAUCUUCGUAUUUGGAACCGGCUGAACUGGCUUCCGGUAUCAGACAAGCCGCAGAUUAUUCCUACAAUGCCAGCGCGUAUGCUGGUCCAAACUUCCGUAUUGUCGGUGAUGCAGGAUGUUUCAUUGAUCCCUUCUUCUCAUCUGGUCAUCAUCUGGCCCUAUCGAGUGCCCUAGCAGCGGCGACGUCGAUCAAUGCGACCAUCCGGGGAGACUGCAGCGAAUUGGAUGCCUCCAGGUGGUACGCGAAAAAGGUUGACGAGGGUUAUACGUUAUUCCUUCUUGUUGUAAUGGCGGCUCUCAAGCAAAUCCGUAUGCAAGAACAGCCGAUCCUGUCUGACCUUGACGAGGAAGGCUUUGAUCGAGCAUUCGCGAUCCUCAGGCCAGUUAUCCAAGGAGCCGCGGACAAGGAGACGGCACCAAAGGUUGCGGGCGAGUCAAUCACCGAAACCAUCAAUUUCUGUGUUAAUGCGCUCAGCGACAUGGGUGACAUUGAGCUACAAAGGAAGUUGACCAAUAUUGUGGAGACAAAAAGCAUACCCGAGCAAGAGCAACUGCUCGAGAAACUUUCGCCAGAGGAGACGGCAGCCCUUCAGCGCAUGCGCGCCAUGCAUUCGAUUCUUCCAAUGGGCGAGCUCGAGCAUUUUGAGAACAGAAAUAUAGACGGCCUGAAGGCUCGACUCAAGUAUGGGAGUCUAGGACUUUGUCGUGACCACGCAGGAGAUUUCAAAACGUAG